GUACGUCCGGCUUCUGCAGUGCAACAACGUAGACUGACUCGUCUUGGCAUUCCGGUAACUGCUGAUCUGAACGUACUUUCGGUCGAAGAAAGACGCCGAUUUUCCAGACUGAACAUCGAUCCAGCAUCAAUAACAUGGGGCCGUGUGAUGGAUACCAAUGACAGGCAAUUCCUUUGCCCAGCCACAAUUAUAUUUUUUCUUCAGAAUAACUUACUGACCCCAAAUUACAAAAAACUCAUAUUUUUCCCACUAAAGAUUCGCUUAAAAGUGACAGUAGCUUAUCCUUAA